CUCCAAUUUAUUAUUGUUGUCUGAUCGUCAAGGCUCAACGUCAAUUGACCCAUAUCUUCUUCCUUCAUUUUCCGGUUCACUCUUCCUUGCCUGUUGCAUCCAUGGACUAAGUCGUUACGAGUCCUGCAAUUCCCUUACACCACAAUGCCCUCUGUCGUUGCAACUGCCUCUGCACCUCACCUCCGCGUGUCCGCCGCAAAGCACCAGGGCGAUAAGUCCUCAUCGGAUGCUCAACCAUCGACGAGAAUUCCAACCCCGGAGCAGUCGACGGUCGAAGAUCAAUUCUUCUGGACCUAUACUGAGGAGCCUCAUCGGUCGAGGCGGCAGGCGAUCAUCAAGGCUCAUCCAGAGGUAACCAAGCUCUGCGGGCCUGAGCCUCUCACUAAAUAUGUCGUUCUGGGCGUUGUUACCCUUCAGAUUUGCUGCGCAUAUCUCCUUCGCGACACAUCAUUCUUUUCAUGGCGAUUCUGGGCAACAGCGUACAUAAUUGGGGCAACUGCAAACCAGAAUCUAUUCCUUGCGAUCCAUGAGAUCUCGCAUAAUUUGGCCUUUCGUUCAGCAAUGGCUAAUCGGUUGUUGGCCAUCUUCGCCAAUCUUCCAAUUGGGCUGCCAUACAGUGCCGCAUUCCGGCCAUACCAUCUCACACAUCACAAAUCCCUCGGCGUCGCGGGCCUCGACACCGACCUCCCCACCGCUGUUGAAGCUUUCUUCCUAGAUUCCCUCCUAGGCAAGGCAUUCUUCUGCACCUUCCAGAUUUUCUUCUACGCCGUCCGCCCCAUGUUCAUCUACAGUCCUCCAUUCACCUACAUCCACCUAGUUAACCUCAUCACUCAACUCUCCUUCGACUAUGCCCUCACCAAGUUCUGCGGCGGCUCCCUCCAGCCAGUACUCUACCUGCUCCUCAGCUCCUUCCUCGCCGGCUCUCUUCACCCCUGUGCCGGCCACUUUAUCGCCGAGCACUACUUCUUCUCCCGGGUGGAGAGUGGCGGCACAGAAAGCAUUCAUGAGCAGAAGAAAAUGCGGGAGGACGGCGGAGCCAGCAAGCAAAAGCAGCAACCGCACCCUCUAGACUCCCUUCCGCCACCAGAGACAUACUCCUACUAUGGCCCCCUCAACAUGCUGACAUACAAUGUCGGCUUGCACAACGAGCACCACGAUUUCCCGGCCAUCCCGUGGACGAGGCUCCAUGAACUUCACCGCAUCGCGAAAGAGUUCUACGAGCCGCUCCCCUGCCACCGCAGCUGGGUCUGGGUCAUCUGGACUUUCAUCCUGGAUAAGAAUGUGGGCUUGUGGUGCCGUGUCAAGAGAGCGCAGGGCGGUCGUCUCGUUGGUGGAGGCGGGAAUGGCCGAGCGGGGGAGGGGAUAUCUGCUGUUUCGGCCGGAACGGACGAAGGAGGAGAUGGUUGGAAGGAAAGCGAGAUUCAGAAUUGAUUUCUGAAGUACCUGUAUCACCAAGUGUACUCUCGACACGAACUCUUUCCAAGUUAUGCGGACGUGAAAGGGUGGACUGGAGCCACUUGAUUUGGCAACAACUUCCGAAACAAAGUGUACAUCUAUUCAGGGCCCAGUUACUCCACAUUCAGAACGACUACUGUCUUACAUAGAUUACAAGGGAUAAUAAUAAAUACUGAAAAACUGACAAGAAAGGCAUCUGCAAUGAAGGAGUUUUUGAAGAAACAUUCAUUGACAUUUCAGUAACGUCAUCAUAAUGUACCCGAUACAGCCUGGCUAUGAGCGUGUCGAGAAU